AUGAGGAGAGAGCUUUAUUGUCUUGUUGCUUUCCUAGUGAAUGUACAUUUGCUCAGAGAAGUCCGUUCUUUAGUGGAAUUUACCAAUAUCAAAUGUGAAGUAGUUGACCCCGAUUUCUGCAACUUCGAAUAUUGCUAUCUGAAGUCGGUGAAUCGGACCUAUAAAUAUUUUAUGCUAAAAGUGAAUCUCUAUAAAACUCCAGUAACCAAAGUUAAGGUCAACUUUGCCAUUUAUAAUUUCGCCAAUGGCUAUAAGCCCUUUCUCUACAAUGUUACUGUUGAUGGUUGCAAGUUCCUAAGAAAUCCAAAAUCCAACCCCAUUGCUGGCUACGUCUAUGGUUUCUUCAAGGAUUUUUCCAAUAUUAAUCACUCUUGUCCCUACGACCAUGACCUUGUGGUGGACAAACUUACAACUGAGGUUUUUAAUCAACGAAUGAAAUAUCUUCUUCCUUUUCCGGAGGGAAAGUACUUGUUCCAAAUGAACUGGAUGGCCUAUGACACUAUCAGAGCUGUGUUUAAGAUAUAUAUCCAAGUAUCUUGA